AUGAAUGAGAAUUUGCUAAGACGAAUGAAGAACCAAUUAAAUGCAAAUUUUUAUAUGAUGAAUAACGCGUGGCUAAGAGAUUGCAUCGAAUUCUUUAUUAGGGAUAAAGUUUCUCAUGAAAUGACAGAUAAGCAUAUUUUCGAAUUUGUAGAGGGCCAAUGGCAACUGAGUGAUCUACGGGAGAUUAACAAUGAAAAUGGAUGUUUGCCAAGGAAUCUAGCUCAGCAGACACACGUUGUAUUAACUGGUAUCUAUAUCCUCCAGGUAGACAAGAUGUAUGAUAUAGCAAGCUCCAAGUAUAAGCAGCUUUGUGAAAUUCGUAAAAUCGACAAUCAGAACUUAGAAGUAAAGGAAGAAGAGCAGCCGAUGGAGUGGCAACCCAAAGGCAGAAGAAUGAUGCAAUUUUGUUUAACUGAUGGAGUACAGGAUGUCACUGCGAUAGAGUACACUCCACUUAAACAAAUAACUGAUAUAUUACUUCCUGGCUACAAGGUGAUGAUAAUUGGUCCGGUCCAUUGCAGACGUGGUGUUAUUCUCUUAGAAGACGGCAAGUACAAAGAAGUUGGUGGAGAAGUGGAAACUCUGUUGAAAUCCAAUGCACUAGAAAAUGUCUUGGCAAGAGCUCUAGGAGAACCCGAAAACCCCGAUCCAUAUAAUGAUAAUGGAUUAUCCAGGAUCAUGAAUCAGAAUGUUCAAAGCACAGCAUCUAAUUCUAACAACAAUGACAAUUUUUUCGAUGAUGACUUUGAAGAAGCUGUUGAUUUGGAAGCAGUGACAGCAAUUGAACAACGAAGUCAAGAAAUUAAUGCUGUUCAAGAAAACUUUAGAAAUACGUGUAGUCACAAACAAGUAGAUAGGAAAGAAACGAAUGAGAUUAUGGAAACGUUGGAAGAUAUAGACUUUGAACCCUUAGAGGAUUGGUCCAAUGAUUCCCCAACAAGAUCUUCACGGAUAUCGCGGUCACAAAUGGAGACUAAGAAAAUUGAUAAGGAUGAUAGAACGACAGUUGAACAAACAACUUCCAUACACAAUUUUCACAGCAAAUUAUCGCUUUCUACGAAAUCUAUUCAGAAUCAAAAUUUUUCAGAAUUUCCUGAUGACGAUUUUGACUUAGAUGAUUGCGACAUCGUAAUUAAGACAAAUCAACAAGGUGAAAAUCCUUUAAAGAAUAAAACCAAAACAUGUCUCUCGUUAGAACCCCCUACAAAAUUGAUGAAUCGUAAUGUUCCAAUAGAAGUUAAGAAAAGUACAUUUAUGAAAGUGGAUGAGAUCCAACAAAACGAGAGCUCAAUGGUAAAUACUUCGAGAGCAAUACAGCAAGUACCUGAGACUAAAACUAUUUCUGACUUUAUCGAGCCUCAACCUCCUCCUAAAAUUUGCGAUGUCUUGCGUGAUGUCUUACGCGAGCCUAUCACGGGAAAAAUAUACAAGACAGUGAAAGGUCAGGUGAAGAACCAUUCGACGUUAACGAAACAGGGUAAAUGCUGGUCGGUAACAGCACUGAUCACGGAUUGCACUUCCAGUGUAGAAGUUUGUUUCGAUUCUGAGAUUCUGGAGGGUUUUCUCGGAUUCACCGUACAAGAAUUUUUGCAGAAAAAGAAACUUGCCAAGUUAGAUCCUCAAGUAAAUAGCGAACUACGAUUGAGUCUACGCAAGGCACAACAUAAGAUUCAGAAUUUGGAUGCAUUGUUGAAAUUGGAAUUGGUUCAUGGUCAAAUGCCCAAAAUCGUUGGUAUCACGCAGUUGACUACACAACAAAAGGAAGACUUUACGAAAAGACCUACAUGAAAUAUGUAAAUUGCG